CCAGAAGUGCAGCUGAAGGCAGAGAGUCUGGACGUCUUCUGAGGAGCUCUACUGGUAUCUCCCAGCUGAGGAUCACUGACGUCUCCGAGCUGCAGAGGGCAGCAGCUCACCGGCAGAACCAGGAGCAGGAAACCAGAGGAGGGUCCAGCUUCAACCCUGCUGAGCAGGAAGAGAAACUCUUCAAACUCUGGCUGCUGUUGAGAGGAGAAAAUGGCUCAGGGAGGAGCUCAGCUGGAUCCACUAAAGUUCUCUUGCUCCAUCUGUCUGGAUCUCCUGAAGGAUCCGCUGACGGUUCCCUGUGGACACAGCUACUGCAGCAGCUGUAUUAAAAGCCACUGGGAUGAAGAGAAGAAGAAGGGAAUCUACAGCUGUCCUCAGUGCAGGAAGGAGUUCAGACAGAGACCUGACCUGGAGAAGAACCUCCUGUUAGCAGAGUUAGUGGAGGAUCUGAAGAAGACUGGACUCCAAGCUGCUGCAGCUGAUCUCUGCUCUGCUGGACCUGAAGAUGUGUCCUGUGAUGUUUGUUCUGGGAGGAAGCUGAAAGCUGUGAAGUCCUGUCUGGUCUGUGUGGUCUCUUACUGUGAGGAACACCUCCAACCUCACUACAAAGCAGCUCCACUGAAGAAGCACCAGCUGGUGGAGCCCUCCAAGAAGCUCCAGGAGAAGAUCUGCUCUCUUCACGAUGAGGUGAUGAAGAUUUUCUGUCGCACUGAUCAGCAGAGUAUCUGUUACCUCUGCACCAUGGACCAACACAGAGGCCAUGAAACAGUCCCAGCUGCAGCAGAGAGGAGGCAGAAGCAGAAGGAGCUGGAGGAGAGUCGACUAAACAUCCAGCGGAGAAUCCAGGAGCGACAGAAAGAGGUGAAGCUGCUUCAGCAGCAGGUGGAGAAGCUGCAGCAGGAGAUCAGUGAGCUGAAGAGGAAAGACGUCCAGCUGGAGCAGCUGGCUCACACAGAGGACCACACCCAGUUUCUGCUCAGCUACCCCUCAGUGUCAGCACUCAGUGAGCCCACACACUCCUCCAGCAUCCAGACUGCUCCUCUCAGAUACUUUGAGGAUGUGGCAGCAGCUGUUUCAAGGAGCAGAGACAAAUUAUGGGGCAUCCUGAGAGACACAGGGACAAACAUCUCACUGAGAGAUGCUGAAAAGGAGCCUUUACCGCUACAACCACCAAAACCACAGCCGAGGAGAAGAGCAGACUUCCUACAAUAUUCCCAGCAGAUCACACUGGAUCCAAACUCUGCACAUAAUUGGCUGUUACUAUCUGACGGGAACAGAAAAGUAACUUUAUCAAUGAAACAUCAGCAUUAUUCUCAUCAUCCAGACAGAUUCAGAAGAUGUUUUCAGGUUCUGAGCAGAGAGAGUCUGACUGGACGUCACUACUGGGAGGUGGAGUGGAGCGGAGGAAAAGAAGUUAAUGUAGCGGUCACCUACAAGAACAACAGCAGAGCAGGGGGCGGAAAUGAAUGUGGAUUUGGAUGCGAUGACAAAUCUUGGGUGUUAUGUUUACAUGCACCUUUUAUGUUCAUGCACAAGAACAUCAAAACUGCCCUCCGAGGUCCCCUUUCUCCCUCCUCCAGAGUGGGAGUGUACCUGGAUCACACAGCAGGGAUUCUGUCUUUCUACAUCAUCUCUAAAACCAUGACUCUCCUCCACAGAGUCCAGACCUCCUUCACUCAGCCGCUGCACGCUGGCGUUAGAUUUAACUUGCAUAAAGGAGACUUUGCAGAGUUCCUGAAACCUCAGUAGAGGACUUCCACCAUUGUGUAGUUUUCUAAAGGAGCCUCCACAUUUUCUGAGCUGAGACGUUGAUGAGAUUUGUGGCAGGAAGAUUUGAAAGCAACAGAUAGUCGGCCGUCCGCUCAGAGAGUUUCUAUUUGGAUAAAAGGAUGUGAGACGAGUGUGGAGUAACCAAGUGUAAACCAUUCGUGACGUCACCCGUUUGUUACUAAUCUCAGAAUGAAGACACGAAAAAAGGACAGCGAGGGGGCGGGGCCUGAGAGCAACAAGGGGAGGGACUGACUGAGAGCCCAGGACUGUGGCGUCGUGUGAUCGUGUGAUGUUCUGCUGUGAACUGGUUCCAUAGUGUUUGCUCAUCAUUUAGUUGUCAAUAACAUUUACAGUGUUGAUCCAUUCGAGCAGGUCCAGGGUCGUCCACAGAUCGAGCCUCAGGUCCCAAAGCAACACCAAAGCUGCCACUUUUUACAUUUUGGGGGAUUUGAACAAGUAACAAGUAACUUCAGAGUGAAGAUUUGUGGAUUUUCUUUGUCAACAAUCAACUGAUUGUUUUGGGCUUUUCAACAUUUUUCUGUCACCAAGUCACGAUAAGUUUGAGUGUUUGAGCUGGAAACGACAGACACAAAUACAAGCUGCUUUAUAAGACAUUAAACUGCUCUAUGCUGCUCCAGUUUGCUGAUUGCUUCUUUUGUGAAAGGUUUUUGCUUCAAAUGUUGUGCUUGACUCUUCAUGGUUCUGAGUUGUUUUCUCUGAACUCUCAUCUCCCUCUGGACUCGGUCACUGGCGUUUGGUCUGGAUGUCUGACCCUCCUCGUCACAGAGGAGAAAAUGAAAACUAAAUCUGCACGGGUUCUUCUGUUUAAUGUAGAGAAAGCUGAAGUGCUUCAGGGAGAUUGAAACCACUCCUGUUGCAGCUUCUGUCAGGUUGGAUUCUGGGACUUAACUCAUCUUGAAACAGUCUGAAAUAAAAUCUCUUGAUCUUUU